AUGACACCAACACUAAAUGAAAAGAACUACAGAGACCUGGCGUCAUUCAUCAGUCAGGGUUCUUCGUUGAAGUUGAUGAAGAUGGCGCAAGAGGGGAGGAAGACCUCGGUGGGUCUGGGUGAGGUCAUCACGGAGGUGCAGGCAUUCCUCUCCAGCAGUUUGGAUCACUUCCUCAAGGUGCAGACGAAUUUGUUUCAGGAUCCCCACUUCUUCCACACCUACCAUCAACCACCCAGCCACAAUUUCAACAACACUGCAAACGACAAUAACGCGACUACUAAUGUAAACCAAACUGGAACUGACACAAACAACAACAGAAACAACAUCAGUGUAGUUGAAAACCGCACGGACAAACCCGAGCAAGAGUCAAACGCCCUAUUACAUAAUGAGUACGCGCUGGAGUUGAGCAAGGUGGACGCCAUUUUGAACGUCCACAACAACGAAGUUAGGACGAAGAUUGUUCAGAAGUUCAACCGCAUGCACUUCAGUUUGAACCAACAGCUUCGAAGUUGUAUCGAACAGCAGAUGGUCUACCUCAUUCAAAAGACGGAUGAGCUGAACAUAUCCCAACGACAGACAUACGACUCCAUUGCUCAACUUCUAACGUCUCGGAUAAACACUUUUGAUGACAACAACAACAACAACAAAAACAACAACAACAACAUGGACGUGAAAGAUUCAAAAAAGAACAACUUCAAAAAUGUGAACUGCAAAUGUCUGAUAUCUCGUCAGUUGUUUUACAAUUUGAAGAGAAGAAAAGUUGAAAUCAGGGUGCCAGAAAACAUGGAGAGUUUCGCGAAACAGGUCGUCGUAAUUUUAAUUGCGUUUUGGUUUACAUGUCUUAGCACUGCUCCAUACAUAUGUGGAAAAUUUUACACUUAA